AUGAGUAUACAAGAUGUUUGUCAUGGAGUUUCAGUGAUCGAGAAUAGGUUAUGUCAUAAAAGAAUUCUUCUCAUUCUUGAUGAUGUAAAUCAAUUAGACCAAAUAAAUAAGUUAGCUGAGAAGCGUAUUUGGUUUGGUUCAGGUAGUAGAGUUAUCAUAACAACAAGGGAUAGACAUUUACUAGAAAUACUUGAAGUAGAAGAAAUAUUUGACAUUGAAGGAUUGAAUUAUAAUGAAGCUCUUCAUCUUUUGAGUUUGAAAGCUUUUAAAAAAGUCCAUCCUCCCAAGGAUUAUAUAGAGGUAUCCAAAGAUAUUGUGUAUUAUGCUAAUGGUCUUCCUUUAGCUAUUGAGAUUUUGGGUUCUUUUUUGUUCAGUAGAAGUAUUGAUAAAUGGAAAAGUAUAUUAAAUAAGCUUAAAGAAUUUCCUAAUAAUGAAAUUCUCAAAGUACUUAAAAUAAGUUUUGAUGGACUUGAUGAGGUAGAGAAGGAAAUAUUCCUACACAUUGUGUGUUUCUUUAAUCAUAAGAUCAAAAAUGAUGUAGUAAAAAUACUAGCUUAUCUUCACCUUUCCCCUAAUGUUGGAAUGGAGGUUCUUGUUGAGAAAUCUCUCAUAAAAGUUUGUGGCAAUAGAUUGUGGAUGCAUGAUUUACUACAACAAAUGGGUAGGGAUAUAGUUUAUCAAGAGUGCCCUAAAGAACCUGGAAAGCGUAGCAAACUAUGGUCAUUUCGGGACAUUAACAAUGUACUCACAAAUAAUAAGACAAAAACUACAGUAAAGGGUGCAUGUUCUUUGACCGGCUUGAACUUAAGCGAUUGCAAUCUCAAGGUAAUAUCUGAUGAUAUUGGUUCCUUAUUCUCUUUAGAACUUUUGGAUCUAAGCAGAAAUGAUUUUGUUUGCCUUCCGGAAAGCAUCAUUCAACUUUCGAAAUUGAAAUGGGUGGUGUUGGAUAAUUGCACUAGUCUUCGAUCAUUGCCAAAGCUUCCAUUGAAUAUUGAAUCCAUUUAUGCCGAAGGAAUUGGUUGUGUGGAUUAUGUGGUCUCUGAAUUGGUUGAGUGGAUUAUGUGGGCUCUGAAUUGA